AUGAUAAUCGAAAGAUUACUUGCCGUAACAGUAAUCCUCUUUUAUUUUCACAGAUCCAGAGGUGGAGUUCAUAUAGAGAAGACUCUUCAUAGUGGUCAUGCUUCAUACAAAGUUUCCAUUGCGACUGAUUUCCUGGAUAUAUGGGAAGACGCUACGUUGUCUAUUAAGAGAGAAGAUUACAGUAUCAAGUGUAAUAACGAUCUCAUAGUUGCAGAAAAGUUCUCAGCUUCUACUGCUGUAGAUAAAUAG